UCCAGCGGCCGCGAGGGGCGCGGGCAGAGAGGCUGGAGCCCGGCGGUGCGGACCCCGACGACGACGACCACGACGACGCCCGCGCGCGCACCGCCGUCCCUGCCCGGAGUCCGCGCUACUCCGGCCGCCUCGAGGGCCGCUCUGGCAAGGCUCUGCCUCUUCUGGUACCAUUCCAGGCCCCUGCAAGCUGACAGGAAGCGCUCGGACACCAUGUGGGGGCCUCCGACUUGGUUGCUGUUGCUGUUGCUGCUGGGGUGGGGGCCACAGGCAGCUUGUGGCGGCGGGGCAGCUGGCUACGCGCCUGUGAAGUACGUGCAGCCCAUGCAGAAAGGACCUGUGGGGCCGCCCUUCCGUGAAGGCAAGGGCCAGUACCUGGAAAUGCCUUUGCCGCUGCUGCCAAUGGACCUGAAAGGAGAGCCUGGGCCCCCUGGGAAGCCCGGGCCUCGGGGCCCUCCUGGCCCUCCCGGCUUCCCAGGCAAACCAGGCACAGGCAAGCCGGGGCUCCACGGGCAGCCUGGCCCCGCUGGCCCACCUGGCUUCUCCCGGAUGGGCAAGGCAGGCCCCCCGGGGCUCCCCGGCAAGGUUGGACCACCGGGUCAGCCCGGGCUUCGGGGAGAGCCAGGAAUACGAGGGGACCAGGGCCUUCGGGGCCUGCCAGGACCCCCUGGCCUCCCUGGGCCUUCAGGCAUCACUGUCCCUGGAAAGCCAGGUGCUCAGGGGAUGCCAGGGCCCCCAGGAUUCCGGGGGGAGCCAGGGCCUCAGGGGGAGCCUGGACCCCCAGGUGAUCGAGGCCUUAAGGGGGAUAAUGGAGUGGGCCAGCCAGGGCUUCCGGGGGCCCCAGGGCAGGGGGGAGCCCCUGGGCCACCUGGCCUCCCGGGUCCAGUAGGCUUGGGCAAACCUGGCAUGGAUGGACUUCCAGGAGCCCCUGGAGACAAGGGGGAACCUGGGUCUCCUGGAGUUCCAGGCCCCAGAGGGGAGCCAGGAGCUGUGGGCCCCAAGGGUCCCCCAGGGAUAGAUGGCGUGGGGUUGCCAGGGGCAGCAGGGGUACCAGGGCCACAGGGCCCAGCAGGUGCCAAAGGGGAGCCAGGCAGCCGGGGCCCCCCUGGCCUGAUAGGUCCCACUGGCUAUGGGAUGCCAGGAUUGCCAGGCCCUAAGGGGGACAGGGGCCCAGCGGGGGUCCCAGGGCUCUUGGGAGACAGGGGGGAGCCGGGGGAGGAUGGUGAGCCAGGGGAGCAGGGCCCCCAGGGUCUGGGAGGACCCCCCGGGCUUCCUGGAUCCGCAGGGCUGCCUGGCCGCCGGGGGCCACCUGGGCCAAAGGGGGAGACAGGGCCUGGUGGGCCCCCAGGAGUUCCCGGUCUGCGGGGUGACCAGGGUCCUAGUGGCCUGGCUGGGAAGCCUGGUCUCCCAGGUGAGAGGGGGCUUCCUGGGGCCCAUGGGCCUCCUGGACCAACUGGACCCAAGGGUGAGCCGGGGUUCACUGGCCGCCCAGGUGGCCCGGGGGCAGCGGGAGCACUGGGACAGAAGGGAGAGCUGGGGCUCCCCGGGCAGCCUGGCCUGCGGGGCCCCUCGGGAAUCCCAGGGCUCCAGGGCCCAGCUGGGCCUAUUGGACCCCAAGGCCUGCCAGGUCUCAAGGGUGAGCCUGGCCUGCCAGGACCUCCAGGGGAGGGCAAAGUUGGGGAGCCUGGCUCGGUGGGGCCUACAGGGCCCCCUGGGGUUCCUGGCUCCCCAGGACUCACAGGCCCACCUGGGCCUCCCGGGCCUCCUGGUCCUCCCGGUGCCCCUGGCACCUUCGAUGAGACUGGCAUUGCAGGCCUGCACCUGCCUGACGGAGGUGUGGAGGGGGCUGUGCUGGGCAAGGGGGGCAAGCCCCAGUUCGGGCUGGGUGAGCUGUCAGCCCACGCCACGCCAGCCUUCACUGCUGUGCUCACCUCGCCCUUCCCAGCCUCCGGAGCACCUGUGAAGUUCGACCGGACUCUCUACAAUGGUCAUAGCGGCUACAACCCAGCCACUGGCAUCUUCACCUGCCCCGUGGGUGGCGUCUAUUAUUUUGCAUACCACGUGCACGUCAAGGGCACCAACGUGUGGGUGGCCCUGUAUAAGAACAAUGUGCCGGCCACCUACACCUACGAUGAAUAUAAGAAGGGCUACCUGGACCAGGCGUCUGGCGGGGCAGUGCUGCAGCUGCGGCCCAACGAUCAGGUCUGGGUGCAGAUGCCCUCAGACCAGGCCAACGGCCUCUACUCCACUGAGUACAUCCACUCCUCCUUCUCGGGCUUCCUGCUGUGUCCCACAUAACCCCUGGUGGACCCUGCCGCCCUGGCCUCCGCCUCCUUAGUGGUAGAGUGACCUUUUCAGUUACAGACAAGCUCCAUUUAAAGGAAGAGGCCAAGGCUGCUGUGACCGAGGCCUUGGCCCGGGGUGACUGACUGGCUGAGACUGUGUGGAAGGGGCUAGCCUGAAUUCCUCCCUGCCUUGGCCUCCCACCCUCAAAUGAUUGUGUAGUGUUGGGGUUGUACCCUGGAUCCCACCCUGCCUAGUCUGUGUCAGUCCUGGACUUGUCUGUGGUGGAGCUC